CUUCAUAACACAUGUUUUUGACGUCACGUGUUCACGCGUGCAUUUGCGGUAUUAUUUAUAUAGUGAUUAUAACAAUGUUUUCUCGAUUUUGUAAAUUGUGUCACAAAACUGCAAAUGUCCAGCUUGUGCAAUUGCAAAGAUAUCACAAGAGAGGUACCAAAAGGAAGAGUAAUGUCAAUCGCCUUGAGAUUCCAAAAAAUACAGAAGGAAAAACACCAAUAAUUGUCUACAAACGGAAAGAGUUGAACUUUUAUGAAGGACAAAAAUAUUCUAAAUUUGAACCUAUACCACUGGCAAGUAAAGGAUGGCAUCAUUAUAAGUCUAAAGGGGAUCAUUUCUUCAUAUAUCCUCUUACAAAUGUGGAAGAAGAGGCAUAUAAUAAUGAAUCACAUAAAAAAGAAGAAGAAGCAUGCGAAACCUUUGCACAGUUUGGCUUAAAUCCACAAAUAAUAAAAAUCUUAGAAAACUACAGAAUAACAAAACCUUUGAAGAUACAAACAUUAGGAAUACCUCGAAUAAUGAAUGGUGCCAAUACUGUCAUAGCAGCUGAAACUGGUUGUGGGAAAACAUUAGCUUAUCUUUUACCCAUGAUAGAUAAAGUUUUACAAUGGAAAAAGUUAACAGAGGACCGAUACAAUUCUCCGUUAGGGUUGAUUAUCACACCUACUCGAGAACUAGCAUUUCAAAUUGGACUAGAAACAAAGAAAAUAUGUCAACAUCUUAAUAUUCAGGUACAAACCAUUACUGGUGGAAAAACAAAGAAGAUGCUAUUAAAUCCACCUGUGAGCCAAGUCGACAUUCUUGUAGGUAGUUUUGGAGUCAUUAGUAAAUUAACCACAUUUAAAGUUUAUAAAUUAGGCAUGGUCAGAUCUAUCGUAUUAGAUGAAGCAGAUGCCUUAUUUCAUGAAACAUUUCAAGAAAAGUUACAAAUAUUCUUGAAAAGAGUACCGCUCGGCUUUGAGCAAAAUGUAUACAAUGAUACCGAAUUACCUACAGCCGCCCAAUUCGCAUUAGUAUCUGCAACGAUGCCUUCAAGAAUGUCAACAAUUCUAAACAAUAUCAUAGAUGUGCAGUCAUUGGUACAAAUAACUUCAGAUAAAUUACAUCACAUUCUCGUGCCACAAAAAUUUGUAAGAGUAGGACCGGAUGAUAAACCGGCAGAACUUUUAAAAUAUAUCAAGCCGAAAGUAGCUAAUAGGGAACAAGUAAUCAUAUUCAGUAACACGAAUAGCACUUGCAAUUGGGUCAGUAUGUUCCUGGAGAAAUGCAAUAUAGCAACAGUUCGCAUGAACGGCGAGAUGCCGUUGUAUGACAGGCAAAAUAAAUACGCCAGCUUCAAGAGUGCUAAGUGCUAUGUGUUGUGCACUACAAACGCGGGAUCCAGAGGAUUGGAUACUGUAGCGAUACAUCAUGUGUUAAAUUACAAUUUCCCAAUCGCAACUGCUGAUUACAUUCACAGAUGUGGCAGAACCGGAAGAGUCGAUAACGUCAAGGACUGUAGAGUAACGAAUUUUAUAAGCACUCGGGCGGAAGUCGAUGUGGUGCAAAAGAUAGAAAGAGCAUUUCGAAGGAUGAAACCGAUACCAAUAUUUGAUAAUCGCGAUGAAGCGAAGGAAGAUGACAUUUUGAAUUUAUCUGAAAUCCAAGAUAUUGAUGAAACAAAUGAACAACAAGAAUUUAGCAUGCCAUACUAAUGCAAUUAUUUUCUGAAUCGAACAAUAGGACAGCUGCGAGGAUAAUACUUUACGAGAAAACUUUCGAAUGGGUCGUUCGAUGGAAUCAACUAAUUAGCGAAAUGUUGAUGUCCUGUUUGAUCUCUUCUCAGAGACUUUAUCUCGAAUAAUUGUCCUCCACCCGAAGUGAUGAACUUCUCGAAUUAAUUAACGUAGCCGUAUGUCUUAUCUGUAACAGAACUUUCAUUCAUACUUUCCCUUUCUUUUCGAAAUAAAUUCUCAUAAUCCAUUUAUCUCUUAUACACGAAAGGCAGUCGAAGGCAAAUUUCAUCCGUUUCCGACGACGCGCUUAUCAAUGUUGGCGCAACGCAUUUGCCAGAUGAGAAAAUUAAUCGAGCCCUCCCUUCUCUCUCAUCGCUCCGUCACCGUCCAGCGGUUCCUUUUAUCGCGCCAAUUCCUGAAUUCUGAGUUUCUGUUCUAGGGAGAGGAAACUGCGACCCACACACACGUGCGUGACAUGCCUCCGACCGAUGUCCCUCGUCAUGUCCGGCGGCACUCCCACAUAGUAAACGCCCACACGCGCGGUAAAUAGUAAUGGUUUCCCCUCCAGACAACGCUGGUAGACCUUGUGUCUAGAUCUCUGUCAGUUUAUUAUUCGCGCGCUGGGUUUUAGCAAAAUUAAAUGCAACCGGCACGCGCCGACGAUCCGUGCCCCUGUCCACGUGCUGGGUGCGCCGGAUCGUGUCACUGCGAUAGGAAGGACCCUCUGCGUCCCACGAGACGAGGGGGAUAACGCCUCGAAGCAGCGAAUUAUCACUCGUGCCGAAUGUCAUGCGUGAAUGAUUAGGAUUUAUUCAUCCUAAGCAUCUACGUUUAAUGCCAGCGAAUAAAUAUUUCGCAUGGAACGUUGCUGGAUAAUUGAAUUUGUGUUAUUUAAUUAUAUUUUUGCUCUAUUU